AUGAUAAGUCACGGACAAGAAUCACAGAUACAACCAACUGAAGAUGAUGAUUGGUCUGUUUGUCACAUUGAUUCCAACGAAUAUUUCAAAUUAUGUUCCAUCUUCACUAGUGACGAUAAUGACGGUCUCAAUAUAACAACUUUCAAGCUAUCUUUCUUAGCAAUAAAUGAUGAGGAAUGUAAACUGAAAAAGGAGGAAGAAGAACAUAGUUCAUCUCUUCAAGUAGUGUUAAGCUCUAUUGAUAUUGAGAAACAAUGUAAAGAACAAGGAUUUAAUAAAGAAUCAAUAAUUGAAAUAUUAAAUGAAUCACUUAUUCAAAUUCCAAAUAUAACAUUAUUUCAACGACAAGAAGUACCAACUGUUUUACAAUUUAAGAUUAAUCUGUCUUCAAUAAUAUCUUUGUUUUUAAAAACAUCAAAAAUAAAAUCACUCAGAUCAGUUGAAGAAAUCAAACUAUAUUCAACUUUAAAUAAAUCAAUAUUAAAGAAAUCGCAAAUUUUGUUAGAUCAAAAUACAAGAUUGAUUAAAAUAAUAAACUCAAAGGAUAAAGUUAUUCAAUUUCUUUAUGAUAGUAUCAAUGACUUGGGUGCAAACAAGAUAAUUAAAAGUUGGGCACCUCGUGGUUCAAUCAAUUAUAAAGCGAUGAAUAAAUUUGAUCAAAAUGAUGCUAUGCUUAACACCAGACCAAAUGACAACAAAUCUAUAUCUAUUCAUGAUAUAGCGGAAACAUUAUUCAAUACCACAUAUAAUGGAAAAUCAUUAACUUUAUCAUCACAACCGACAGUAAUGUCAUCAUCUUCUUCCAUUGCAUCUUCAAGAGAGUCAUCACCGGUGAAAAGGGAAGAAUCUUCAUUACCAUCAUCUUUGCUGAUAUCUCCUUCUAAACUAUCAAGAUUGGAAGAUAUUUCUCCGAUAAAGAAUAAUGUUUCUCCUUCAAAGAAGAAAAGAGCAUUUGGUAGAGUUAGAAAAGGUAAGGACUAA